UCUACCACAACAGCACACAGCACAGAGUGGUAGCCGUGGUAGGAGAGAGAGGCCAGCCUUUGUGUUCUCGUCUUGAAAUAUGUCGUCGUGCAAUACCCUGCCGCUCUUGCUGGUGCUCGUCUCCAUCUGCGCCCUCAGGGUGAAAGCCUUACUGCCUUCCACCUUGACGAGCGGUUCGCUGCCCUUCGGCCGUGUUCACCAUGGCGGCUGCAGCAGCAGCAGACGCACCAUUUCCAAGGCAGGCGCUGGCACAGCCAUGUCUUCGGCGAAGACCAGCAGCGCCGCCGACAAGCUCCGUGAUCUGCUCAGCCGCCCCGAGAUCCUCACCAUGCCGUGCUGCUACGACGGUCUCACAGCUCGGCUUGUGGAAGACGCCGGGUUCCCGUUGACGUUCAUGACAGGGUUUGGAGUUUCUGGCGCACAUGGUUUGCCCGACACUCAGCUCUUGUCGUACGCCGAAAUGCUGGCCUCCGCCACCAAUAUUUGCGCCACCCUGCGAGACAUACCAUGCAUAGGGGACGGCGAUACAGGCUAUGGCAAUAGUGUGAACGUCAAGCGGACGGUCAAGGGCUACGCGCAGGUGGGCAUGGCCGGCAUCAUGAUCGAGGACCAGGUCGCCCCCAAGCGCUGCGGCCACACGAAGGGGAAGACCGUCGUCGGGAGGGAGGAGGCCUACAGCCGCGUCAGGGCCGCGUGCGACGCCAGAGACGAAGGCGCAGAUAUCCUCAUCAUGGCCCGUACGGACGCCCGGGCUGGUCUGGGACUGGAAGAAGCGCUCGAGAGAUGCAAGGAGUUCAGGAAGAUUGGUGCGGACAUCACGUUCUUGGAGGCCCCUCAGAGCGAGGAGGAGAUGCGGCGGUACUGCCAAGAGGUCGACGGUCCCAAGCUCGCCAACAUGCUCGAGUUUGGGAAGACCCCAAUACUGCCUCCCGUCGAGCUCGAGAAGAUGGGGUACGCGAUCGCGGCCUACCCUCUGAGCCUGCUGAGCGCGAGCAUCAAGGCCAUGAACUCGACUCUCGAGAGGCUAAAGGCGGGAGAGCCGUUGGAUGACCUCCUGGAAGGCUUCGAGGAGGUCCAGAGAGUCGUUGGGUUCAGGGACUAUGACUCCACGGCGGAAAAGUACAAGAUUGACUAGGGCAAACACCAAGACCCCAACGGCAAGGUUGCUCUGAGAGCCGUUGGACUUCACACCCAAAGGCUUCCUAGCGGUCGAAACAGCCUUUGCGGUCGAAACAACGUUUGGGUUUAGAGAUUUGGAAGAUGCCGCAA